GAAAUGUCGGAGGUAGAUCGGUUUGGGCUAAAACAGCCUCCUCAGAAUUCAGAAAUCAAAAUGGACAAUAUAAUACGUUAGUGAUGAAAGACUAGAAAAUAUAAUAUAUAGGUACCUGAUUAUUGUGAUUGUGAAGAUUCUUUUCAAGAUGUAUACAAUCUUCAUUCCCUUAGUGAUAAUAUUGAUAGCUAUUACUUCAGUAACUAAAGCAGAAUGCCAAACAAGACAAAUAUACUGCUACGAAUGUGACUCCUGGUCAGAUAUGAGGUGUAAAGACCCCUUCAACUAUACCGCCCUACCAAGAGACCAACCCCCAUUGAUGACAUGUAAUGGAUGCUGUGUCAAGAUGGUUCGAAAUGCGAAAUCACCAUACGAAGUGGUGAGACGAACCUGUACCAGUCAGCUCCAGAUCAAUCUCUUCAUGGUAGAUCACGUGUGCAUGAUGGAAAGUAGCGGAACGGGUCACAUGUGCUUUUGUGAGGAGGAUAUGUGCAACACUGCACGAAAAAUUGUCGGAAUUACAGAAAGCGUUUACCUGCUACCCGUAGUGUUGUUCCUUUCACGUCUGUGCAUGAGGUAG